CUCAGAAAGACAUUUAGGCGCUUUCGAGUUCUGAUCUUAGGCCGAGCCAAUGCAGGCAAAACAACCAUCCUGCAGAAGGUCUGCAAUACCACAGAAAAUCCAGAGAUUUACAAUGUCAAAGGAGACAAGGUGUGGGAUAUUAUGCAUGCGCUGAUGGGUGCUCAGCGUGGAAAUCAUGAUAUUAGGAACGAGAUGGUGUUCAAGAGCAAUCCCGGGUUUGUCUUUCACGACUCGUGUGGUUUCGAAGCGGGCUCUGCAGAAGAAUUCGAGGAUAUGAAGAGAUUUAUCUCAGAACGCAGCGAACAUGACGACAUUAGAGGAAUGAAUACAUGCUAUCUGGCAAGUGACUCCCUCCCGCGUUUGCCUGCUCAUCCAUUACUAUCAUACAGGUAUUGUAUUCCAAUGGACGACCAUUGUCAAACAAUCCAACGGGCAGAAGAGAAGUUCUUCUCUGAAUGCAACACUGGUAAUGUUCCCAUAAUCGUGAUAUUCACGAAG